AUGGCCUCGGGUAACAAUGACCCGAAGCUCCUCUACGCUGUCGAUGGCAUCAAAGCCUAUCAUAUUGCCAACGGCACCGAGCAUCCCCUAACCCCAAGCGGUCCCCAGACGCUGUCGCUGCUCAUGGUUCCGACCGCUUCGGGUUUUGCAGACCCUUCUGGCAUCGGCUCUGGCGAGGAGGACUUUUACCUCCAUCUGCAUCUGCCUCCCGAGCUGGACUUGCCCAUGCCCGCCACCACUCAGAUAUACCACCAGCCUCCGACGAGCUAUCUGAUUCCUCGCUGGGACCUGAGCCCCGACACCGGCGCUUUUACGCGCAUUGAAUUUCCGGCCGUCGGUAGCCGUCCCGGCAUUCAGGAAGAUGUAGAUACAUUUGAGACGAUUCUUGCGCAGUGCACCGCAUUCUUAGAGCGUGCGCCUCCACCCAAGUCAAACAGGUCCGAGACGGCCCCUGUUUCUGGAGCUUCGGCAAAGGCGAUGGAGGCACGUGGCGAGGAACCGCCCCCGUAUAACCCGGCUGACUACACCCAAGGCGAAGGCUAUGUUCCUGGGAGUCUGAGUUCAAGUGGCAAAGGCGGCCGAAUCGUCUUGGUGGAUGAGGAGGACGGCAGCGUCAUCGGCGAAUUGAGCGAAGGGUUUCAAGUCGUGGAAGAUUCCGGCAUCAAGCCUGGAUCCAAAGACGGGUCCCAAGCCAUCAAUAUCCAGCCAGCCCCGGCAUACGGAGAGCAAAUCCAUCCUGCAUAUAAAAAGUCUACAAUCUUCAACAUGGGAAUGAGGGCAUCUCGUCUUCUCAUCACGACAUCAGACUACGUCUCCCACGCCCUCCAGGGCCAGGCCGACAAUUUUACCAAGAACACACGGCCUGUGGCCAAACCAGUCACCUUCACACCCACCACACACGCACAUAUCCGAAAGAUCAACCAGUUUUCGAACAAAGCCGCCGGUUUGUCCGCUGCGACUGUUGGCUCCAUUGCCAAAGUAGCACAGAAUUUUGGAGCCAACCUUUCCCGUCGCAAGGACGGAAAGGCCCGGGGAUACGAUGGAGACGGCAACGUCGUCGAGACAUAUAAACCUGGCGUUUUGAACAAGAGCUUGAUGGCCUUCAAUACUGUAGUAGAUGGCAUGGAACAGGCCGGCCGUAGUCUACUCACAAACACAUCUUCAAGUGUCAGCCAGGUUGUUGAGCAUAGAUGGGGGCCGGAGGCUGGUCAAGUGUCGCGAAACCUAGGCGGUGGCUUCAAGAAUGUGGGAUUGGUGUACAUCGACGUAACGGGUGUGUCUCGUCGUGCCAUUUUGAAGAGUGUAGCAAAGGGCAUGGUUGUCGGAAACGUCAAGGGAGGCGGCCAAGUUAUUGUUGGUGGGGACGAGAAGAGCAAGACGGGACCUUCCACGGGGGGGCGUGGGGGCGGGGAUGGAGAGAAGAAUCAAUACGGCGAGUCUUCGAGUGUGUCUGGCGAUUAUCAAAGCAGUGGCAAGAAACCUGCUUCCAUGCUCCACGAAAUCCUCCUCUCCCUCUCUGGUCACCCAUCUCCUCUUCUUCAUGCACCUUCAUCGCCCGAAGCAGACGCCCUAGCAGGCAUAACACCCCCCGAACGACAGCUUCUGUCGUUUGCCAGACAUAUCAGUGACCUGAAUAUCAAUCUAAUCGCCUACUCCACCGAACUAUCCACGACGCAUUCUUCAACGAUAUGUCGAGCUGUCGCCACGGCCAUAAGUUCCGUCCAUCUGGCUGCGUUUCAGCGAAAGGUCCUGCAAGUCGAGGAGAGCAUACUAAGGAAUGACGCCGACUUUGUGGGGGCAUAUAACAUCGUUCCAUUGACCGCUGUCAUGGGCGAAUUCCAGCAGUGGACGAGACGCUUAGAGUGGCUAUGGGACACGGUACAGUUUAUCAUGGCCAAGAACAAGGAUGGGAGCUCGUGCAGGGGGUCAACAUUGAUUGACCGGUUGCGAGACGAAUUGCAGAGUGGGUAUCAAGACAUUGCCGACUCAGCAGAGAGCUUGGUGAAGGUCGCGGAGACGGCGUGGUUGAAGCAGGCGGCCGCGUGGGUGCUGUACGGGAGGUUGCCUAGUUUUGGGAGCGAUGACUUCUUCGACUAUGUUUGUGUUGAGAACUGCCUCCCAUCAUUUGUCACAGGAGCAACAGCGGCAUCCAUGAUAUUCAUUGGCAAAUCACUCAACCACGUUCGCGCCAUGAACGACACAGGCGCCUCCCCGGGCGGAGUUGCACACGUGUCCGCAAAGCUCCAAGAAUUAUCAACCUUGACACUUCCGCUAGAAAACUCGGAGUUUUCCAAAGCAAUCAGAGCCAUUCGCAUAUCCCUGUCGCAAAACACCUUGCAAAAGAUGCUUCCGCUCGCCAAAGUUUCAGAAAUGUUCCAGCUUCUUCGAGACUUCUUCCUCCUUGGCCGAGGUGAAUUCGCCAUGGCCCUCACACACGAAGCAGACGAAAAGAGCAGAAACCGCUGGCGGAGAGCAGGCAACCUCGCACACGACAAAGUCGAUGGCCUGAAAAACAUCACCGUCAAGGAUGGUGAAGUUGCUGCGGUUCUGAACAGGACGUGGGCUGUGCUCGUCUCCAUGCAGGGCCAGCACGCCGAGGAGGAUGACCAGCUUGAACUCGCACGAAGCUUAAUACAACUCCAUAUCAUCACCAAGUCUAACCCCCCUGCUGCUCUUGUCACCGGAAGAGGCUUGGACGUUCAAGCAGCAAAUGUGCUCGCCACCUCUCCUUUUCGCAACAUGCUCUUCUCCGUCCCGGCCAUGCUCAGCCUCGAUCUGCCCUCACCUCUAGACAUGGUCAUCUCCCCGUCCGACCUCCAGCUUUACUCCUCCGUAAACGCAUACCUCCUCUCCCUACGCCGCGCGCACGUGCGCCUCACAGAGCUCUGGAAAAUCACCUCGCUUCGCCGUCACUUCCCCUCCCCUCGCGGGGCGUCUGACCACGCCGUCACGCUCCGAGAGCGCUGGUCCGACCGCGCCUGGCUGCUCCGAGGCACGUGGACCACGGCGAGCGCGGCCAUCUUCUUCCUCGCCGAGACGGAAGCCUACUUCCAGACGGAAAUCGUCAAAACCCUCUGGCAAAACUUUCACGCCUGGCUUGCCCCGUCGCAGCCGCCGCGCUCCGGCCUGGCUACCCCCGUGGACCACCACCACCAAUCCCAGCCUCCGAGCCAGCAGCCUCACGAUCCGCAAACCCUCUCCGACGCGCAUACGUUCUACCUCCGCACCCUCGCCCACCGCCUCCUUCUCACUCAACAACCUUUCACGGACCACUUGUACGCCCUCCUUCAACACAUCGACCACCUCGUCACACACGUCCACCGUCUACACUCAAUAUUCACCUCCCUUGACCUCGAGCACGAUGCCGGCGUAGUAGAUGCCUUUGUCGACCUUGAGCGUGAGCAAUCACAAGUGUUCACUUCACUACACACCAUACAACUAAAAGUGAGACAGAGCAUAGACAAGGUGGUUUCAGCGUUGAGAAACUUGGAAAACGAUGCUGCAUUCUUGGCGGAAUGGGACGGGCAGGGACUAGUGGAUGAUGAAAAUGACGAGAGGGCGUAUAUGCCGUGCCGUGUGGGAGGGGUUGAUAGGUUGUUGAUGAAGUUGGAUUUCGGCAGCUGGUUGGGCGGCGCGGCGUGCGAGGAAUAA